UCAGGUCAACUCUUUUUUUUUUUUUUGUCGAUUGUCAUAUUAUUUUUGUCAAAUAUUAUUAAUUUAAUUGACAAAUACAGUUAAUAGCACAAACACAAGUUGAAUAGUUGAUUAUUAUAAAUUUACCAAAUUAAACAAAUUAAAUUUUGAUGCAAUUUUAUAUAUUUAAUUGAUUUUAUUGACAAGCUUUCUUUUUUUUUCAAUUAAAUAUCAUCAAAGAUCAACAAUGGAGGGAAAAUGUUCCUGUGCAUCUUGUGUUCAUAUCGAUGAAGAGACCUCAGUAGCUUGGCUUAAAACAUGGAUGAAUUUUAGAAAAAAAUAUCUUAAAAAAAAGACAUUCCAUACUAGAUUUGGCAUUAUGUGGAAGUUUAUAGCUAACAGAGCUCCGGAUAGUCAUUGUGGUUCCUUCACAGAAGAAAAAACAAUUGCUGAUUCAAUAUCAUGGCGAAAAAUUGGUAACAAAAAAUUCCAUCAAAUUUCAAAAAGAGAGAAUUACCUGAGUGAAUCAAUUGAAGCAUACACCAAGAGUAUUGCUUUUGCACCAAUUGGAUCCAGUGAAUUGUCAUUGGCUUAUGCAAAUCGUUCUGCUGUAUUAUUCAAAGCUAGACUCUAUCAAGAUUGUCUUCUUGAUAUUGAACGUGCAUUGAAAUCAGGCUAUCCAGAUGAAUUAAAAACAAAAUUAUUUUUACGUCAAGCAUUCUCUUUCAAGGCUUUGGAUCCAAGCUUCAAUAUUGAAUCAAGUAAUUCAAUGACCAAUGCAAUGCAGUGGCUUCCAAAUUUAAAAAAAAAUUGUCCAAACUACAACAUCAAAGCUGAAUGUUCAAAGAUGAUGAAUCAACUUGAACAACCACUUGAUACAAACACUGUUAAAUUUAUUCCAACAAUUGAAAAUAAUUCAAUCAUAGUUGGUGGAUCAGAUGCAAUUGAAUUGAAAAAAACAAAUGACAAUAAACAACAUAUUGUUGCAACAAGAUACAUUAAAGCUGGUGAAUUUAUUUACGUCAAUAAACCAUUUGAAAUGGUUCCUUGUGAUGAUGAACCUUACAAGACUUGUUGGCAUUGUUCUCGUCAUACUUGGGCUGGUGUACCGUGUGAUCAAUGUCCAAAUGUUGUAUUUUGUUCACAACAAUGUAAAGAUUCAGCAUGGAAUGAAUAUCAUGAUAUUGAAUGUCCAGCUUUGAGUUAUUCAAAGAAAGUCAAAUUUUAUCCUGGAGAUGAUUGGCAAUUCCAAUUGGCAAUUAAAAUAUUAUCAAAAGCACUUAAAGCUGCUGGUGGUAUUGCUCAAUUAAAACAAAAAAUUGAUGAUGUUGAUUCAAUGGAAGAUAAAUCAAUGAUUUAUACUGAUGAUAUAUUUGAUGUUAAUACUAUUGAUAAUUUUCAUCGUCUUAAAUAUGACAAGUCAGCAUUUGAUGAAUUUUUAUUUGAACGAACAACUCGUAUUAUAUCAAAUCUUGUUGUGUUUGGUUUUAAAACAAAUAUUUUUGGUCGAAAAAUGGAAAUUGCUGAAACUUAUGCAAAUGAAGAUGCAAUGACUUUAGGGUAUUUGAUAGCCAGGUAUUUCAUGAUGGUUGAAUACAAUGUUGUAUAUUUCACCGAGAAAAAAUCAAAUGAUGUUCCGCUGAAAUUCGCUAUUAUAAUGCCAAUUCAAAACAUGUUUGUUAGAGAUUGUAACUCUCAUGUUGAUUGGUACAGCUAUGACCAUAAUGUUGCAGUUUUAGUCAAUAAACCAAUCAAAAAAGGCGAAGAGGUAAAUAUGUUUGCACUUACUAGUUACCUGCAGGUCAAGAAAUUAUCUGACAAUCAACUAGCUUUUUCAAAAUAUGAUAAUGAGCCAUGUCAAUGCUCAGAAUGUGUAAUGGAUUCACCACCACUGAGAAAUCAGCUUCCAUCUUACAAGAGUUUCAAGCUAUCAAAAAAAGUUCGCAAAGAAUUGGAUCGUAUGGUCACAAAAUCACGUGAUUAUUUCAAGAUCAUUGCCGAGGCAGACCCUGAAAAAUUGCUCGAAAUAAAAGACACUUAUGCUGAAUUAACUGAUCAAGUGUAUCAAUAUGUCACUGUUCCAUGUCAAGAACUUGAAGCAUUUCAAAAUAUGCUAGCAAGUUUGUAUUAUAAACUCAGUAAAAAUUGCCCAAAUGACAAGAGAUUGAGAGAAAUUGCGAAGAGAUUGCCUCAUUAUGUCACUGCCGCUUGUGAAUAAUAUUGUAUUCUAUAAACUCAGCUUUCCACGUCGUAUUAUUUAGUUAUUAUUAUUUUAUGGAACAAAAAAAUAGUUACCUACUUA